CGUGAUAAUCUUAUGUAAGGUAAGUAAUACUGGACAUAUAAAUAUAUAUCUGUAUCAGUGCCCCCACAUUGCCCCUCGGUACCCAUAUUAUAUGGCCCAAGCUCCUUUUCAAAGCCCCGCUAAAAAGUUUCUGGAAUGUCUUAUCGAUGGCUCUGAUGAUGUAGGUGGUAGGUACCUAAGGUAAGUACUUCUGUACAACUUCCCUCCAGGCAGCUUUCAGCAUUGCGACAACUUUAAAUAACGUCAAGCUAAGAGCCCUGAACUUCAAUACAUAGGUUGGUUUCUCAACAUACUACAAGGCCAACUAGUAGAAAGCCAGACCCCUUUUACAAUAUGUCUUCCGAAGCACAACCCAUAAACCCAGCACGCUUUGCCGAAGCGCUGAAGGACUUAUCCGCCGAGAAUCUCGCCCUCAAAGUCUUGGAGCUACGUAAUUCGAUAGCCCAUCUAGACUACUCCAACGCUGAACUUAGGCCCUAUGCCGAAGGGCGAGCGCCGACUCUAGAUCAGCAGGGCGGUGCUACACAGCCGGACCAAGACUGUAUCGACGCCAUCGCAGAGAAUGAGGCUGUUAUCGCGCGCAUGCAAGAGCGCAUCGAGUUGAUACGGGCCGAAGUUGAGGGCCGCGGACUUAGCUGGCGCGAACUCCAAGGAAAGAUCGACGAUGAGGAUGUUACUCCAGCCGCAACCGAUAAUGCCAACACAGAGACCGGCAACUCGACAAACGGAGUAAAUGGUCAUGGAGCAAACGGGGAAACCCAACACCCGGCAUGGCGAGACGGCACGUUCCAAACGGGAACGUUAAGUCAACUCGGAGAUGAAGAGCGGGAACUUUUACGGCAGCUCGAAAGUCGAAUGCCGCCUGAAGUCGACGAGGACCCCGAAGGUGGCAUGCAUCUAUAAGCUAGUCUUGUGAUGUAUUUUUGAUGUGCUAAGACAUGAGGGGGCAAAUCAUAUCGCCGUCGGCUUCAGAGCGAGCAAGAAUUGAUAGUACCGGGAGCUAUUUUAUACAGAAGAAAACAUCGGCAUCCCUUUAUAUAAGGAACUAGUUGUACCUUAUACGGCGGGGUUGAGCUGGAGGGUCUUGAAAGUAAUCUACCCCGAGUCUACGGGGCGAAUAAUCCCACGUAGGGAUGGUAUGUGUAGUACAUUUACUGGCACUUAGCCGCACCGUUGGCCACCAUACGGGGCGUUGAGGAUUCCUUGAGACCGUCCAAGUCGGUAGAACACUAGACGAUAGUGUCAUAUACGAUGAGGUAGACUUUAAGUCGACAUCAAUUGAACUAGCUAGUAAAACACUUGACAUAAAAAAG